GCUUCAGUGCAGACGGAGGUGGAGGGCAGCAGCAGCGGCGCGAAGGGUGGUGAUGCCGACCCGGAGGCGGGUCUGCUGCGCUUCCUGCUCUUUAUGCUGAGCACCUACAUGCAGGAGGGAGAGGGAGACGGGAGCCCGCAGGAGGCGGGGAAGGACCAGAAGCAGCAGCAGCAGCUGGGGGCGGCUGAUGCGGCUGUAGCAGUGGGCACCAACGCUGCUGUCGGAACGCAGCUGCAGCAGCAGGAGGACAGCUCAAGGACGACGAAGGCGACGGCGGCGCAUGCAGCCGCAGCCGCUGCGGCGGCGCAGGCGGCGCACCGCAGCGCAGUUGCGGCUCACGCGGAGGUUGAAGCGUUGCGAGUGCGGUUGGCGGAGGUACGGCGAGAGCACGAGCGGCAGGUGGCGGCGGCGGAGCUGGCGGGCAGGGAGGCGGAGGAUCGUGGAGUUGCUCGUAUAGCGGAGCUAGAGGCCCUUCUGCUCGUGGAGGCCCAGCGGCAACAGCUGCAGGGUGCCGCCGUACCCGUCAUCAGUACGACAGAAGCCGUACAGUCCGCCACCUCCCCGGACACGGAGGCGGAGACGGAGACGGCGCUUACAGACCUUCGAGCUGCUGUACAAUCCGCAGACGCCCGCGCUGCUGCUGCGGCGGCUUCCGCUGACGCGCUGGCGGCAAGCUUUGCCGUACGUGAGGCGGAUCUCGUACGGCAGCUGGCGGAGGAGCGGAGGCGGUACGACGAGGUGGUUUCGGAGCGAGGAACGGGACAGCAGGCUGCAGCAGCGGCUUCAGUGGCUGCUGCUGUUGCUGCGGAGGAGAGUGCUGCGAGGCUGCGGGCGGGGUUCUAUGUCCGUGAGGCCGAGCUGAUGCGUGAGCUGGAGCAGGAGCGGCAGCACCACCGAGCGGCGGCGGAGCGGGCGGCUGCUGAGGUGGCAGCGCUGGAGGAGGAGGCGGCCAGGCUGCGAGGCGAGCUGGAGGCUGUGCGGG